UCGCAUAUAAUUCCCGUCGCCGUCGGUUGUGAGUGUGUGGUUGCGCUUUCUUUCGUUUUUUGGGCUGCGCAAACUUAUUUUCGCAUUGUAAUUAUUUUGCAUAAAUAUCGCAAUUCGAUUUCCAUUAAAAAAACACUAACAAAAAGCUUAGGGCGCAGCGAUUUAUUACGAUCGAAGCAUCAAGAAGUUGGAAGCAGCUACAUAACUGUGAAGUGCAAAGUGCGGGUCUCUCUGUCUUCGUCGUCGCUGUCUCUCUGUUUGUGUGUGCGCGCGCGUGAGUUUGUCGAGUGUAUGAGUGUGUGUGUGUGAAUGUUCAAAUAAACGUUGAAAGCAGAACGUGCAACAAGAACUAGCAGCAACAAGAAGCAACAGAGCCGCAGAGCACCAGCUGACGAGAAUUGAAAAUUCCAAUAAAAUCGCUAGUGCGAUUAUCGAAAUUGUAUUUAACGAAUAUAUAGGAACAGAAGUGAAAGAUCAAAGAACUGGCAAUGCAUCCCCGCUAUAGCCCUGGACCGCCGCACCAGCAGCAGCAACAGCAAAUGGGAGGAGGAGGAGGAGGAUCCCACCCACAGCAGGGUGGAGGAGGCGGGGGCGGUGGGGGUCAUAUGAGAGGUGGAGGCCCCUUGAAUUCCCAGCAAUUGCCGCCACAGAUGCCACGAUCACAGAAUUAUUCGAAUGGGAGCUCGUCCAGUGCCGCUGCCGCUGCCGCCGCCGCUGCCGCAUCGUCAACACAGCAGCGCAGCGCAUUCCCAGGCGCACCGCUAACCGCCUCAGCCGUUGCACUUAAAGGCUCCUUGCCACAGCGUCCACCGGCCAUGACGAGCCCAGCCGCUGCUGCUGCCGGCGCUGCUUUAGCCGCCGGCGCCCCCUAUCGCGGCGCCACCAGCUGGACCCCGCAGGGCUAUGCCCCGGCCGCUGCCGCCGCCGCCGCUGCCGUGGCCCAGCAGGCCGCCUAUCGCUAUACGGCGCCGCUCCCCCAGCCGGCCUAUGCCGCCUAUACGCCGCACACGGCCACCACACCGGCCACAACCACGGUAAGUCAUCUUUACAACCCCAUGGAAUUGCACUUUUGGUACGGCCAGCGUGUGCCAACGGCAGCUUCACCGAGUAACACCAAUUCGAGCAGCUCCUCGAACACCGGCUCCCAGAGCGGCACACUGAGCACCAGCCUGAGCAACACGACGAACACCAACACGAACAUGGGUCCCAACGGCACCGUUCAGAAUCAGAACCAACAGGGCGGCGAGCAGUUGUCGAAGACAAAUCUCUAUAUACGCGGACUGCAGCAAGGCACAACCGACAAGGAUCUAGUUAAUAUGUGUGCACAAUACGGAACCAUUAUAUCAACCAAGGCGAUUUUAGAUAAAACAACAAACAAAUGUAAAGGUUACGGCUUCGUCGACUUCGAGCAGCCAGCCUUCGCCGAGUGCGCCGUCAAGGGACUGCAGGGGAAGGGCGUGCAAGCUCAGAUGGCCAAAGUGGGUAUCUGGGUGCUUCAUAGGCCGGCCAUUCAACAGGAACAGGAUCCCACAAAUUUGUAUAUUGCAAAUUUGCCGCCCCACUUCAAAGAAACUGAUCUGGAGGCAAUGCUAUCGAAAUACGGACAAGUUGUUUCGACCAGAAUAUUGCGUGAUCAGCAGAUGAACUCAAAGGGCGUUGGCUUUGCCCGCAUGGAGAGCCGCGAAAAGUGCGAGCAAAUCAUUCAGAUGUUCAAUGGUAACACAAUACCGGGUGCCAAAGAUCCACUAUUGGUGAAGUUCGCCGAUGGCGGACCCAAAAAGAAGAAUCUCUUCAAGACCCCCGACCCGAAUGCCCGUGCGUGGCGCGAUGUCUCCGCCGAGGGCAUACCCGUCACCUAUGACCCGAGCAUGCAGCAGAACGGGGUCAGCGUCAAUGUGGGCACUCCCAUCGGUGUGCCGUAUUCGCGUUUCGGUGCCCCCCAGGUGGGUGGCUAUCCAGUGGCUGGGUCCCAGUGGAUACCCGGCUACAUGAUGACCCAACCGCUCGCUCAGGUAGACGAUCAGUACAUGCAAAUGGCUGCCGCUCCGCAGUUGGGCGUCACCUCAUACAAGCCGGAGGCCGUCAAUCAGGUGCAACCACGCGGCAUUUCGAUGAUGGUCAGUGGCGACACGGCCGUGCCAUAUGGAACUAUGAUGCCACAGUUGGCCACCCUGCAGAUUGGCAACUCUAACUUUUCUCCAUCGUUACAGUAUAUUAGUCCAACUUAUCCAUAUUAUGCACCACAACCAACUAUUAUACCAACAAUGCCAAUGACAGAUUCCGAACAGGCUAGCACAGCUGCAUCACCCGACGAGGCAUACACACAGUAUCCACAUCAAGCCGCUCCCAAAUAGGUCUUCGCGAGCUAUAAUCUGUUAGUACCCCAUUUGAGUACUAUAUAAAUUGGACGAGUGAGAGAGCAUGCCCCAGAGCAAGAGGAGGAGGAACAUCAAACACUACAACUACAACAACAACAACAACAACAGCAGGAGCAUCAGAAGCAGGAGCAGAAGCAGAAGAAGCAGUAGCACAUCGGAUAUAGAAGAUAACCACCACCACCACCACCACCACAUGAACAACCAACAGAUCGAACAUUCAGAAUCGGAUAAAUCAGACAAGAAGACAAGAAAACCAUGCAGUUCACAUAAAAUAAAUGUUUAAAAAUACAGAUACAGAUAAAGAUAAAGAAAACAGAAGAAAUCCCGAAACCGAAAGCUAAGAAUCAGAAUAAUGUUUAAAUAAGUGAGAAAUGGAGGAGAUGAAGUUUAGGAGGUACAUGAUUUGAGAUGCAUGUAGGCAAGCGGAGAAGAAGGAGCAAAGAGCAUAGAGAGAGAAUAGAGAGCAAAGCAGAGCAGAGCAGAGCAAAGCAAAGCUUCCAAGCAGAGAAAAAGAGAAAAAGAAAAUGAAAGAAGCGAGUAAAAAGGGAAGAAAGCAAAGACUAAACUUAAAUAAUAGAAAAUAGUUAUACACUAAAUGAAAACAGCAAGGAUCCGCACAGAGAAAACGGAAGCAGAAAGAGAAACAGCAAAGAUGCUUAACAACAGAAGGGAAAAUCAGAAAAUCAACAACAAGAACAACAAACGAUAGGCAGUCGAAAAUAUUUACAAAAAGAUAACUGCUAAAAAACAGGAAGAUAAAAUAAAUAAAGAAAGAAAGGGGGAAAUUGAAGGAAAGUAAAGGAAUGAAAAAAAAGAGAGUAGAGGAAAGGAAAGGAAACGAAAAGAAAGUCUAACGGGGGGCAAAGUUAAGUAAUGGAUAACUUGAGGAACAUCUGCAAGGAAAUCCAAUAGCAGUCGGAGCUCUAGUUAAGAUCUAGUUUCGUUAAGUGAGGGAAAAAGAUAAGGAAAAGCAAAAGGAAAACUGCAAGGCGAACGAUCCCCCGCGAGAGGAUCGACGUAAAAGAGAAAGAGGAUGUAAAAAUAGAAAAAGAAAGAAUACAAAAAUAUAUAACUAUUUUGCUAAUUUUGAGCUAGCAAAACAAAACCUAAGCAGACAGAAAUUUGUGAAGUGAAAUGAUGAAAAGCGGAAGAAACCGAAACCCGAAACUAAACAAAAAAUUAAUAUGUGUGCAAUGUAUGUUAAAAAAAAAGAGUAAAGAGUAAACGAAGAAGAGGAGAAAAUAAACAACAAAAAACCCCCAAAAACACUUUGAUGAUGAAAACAAAAACAAACAAAAAACAAAAACCUAAAUCUUAAGUCGAACUUCAGCAAAAUCUAGAGAAAAAGAAACACGAAGAAAGCGAAAGCGAAAGUAUAAGAAAAAGAAAAAAGAACAACAAUUUUUUUUGUACCUUAUAGGCAACAUUUUCUUUGUUUUUGUGGCCUUCUAUAAUGAAGAGUAGGGGGAGGCAAUCCCCCACCUAUGUUUUGUUCUGUUUGUCUAAUUUGUAAUAUUUAUUUUGUAUUUUGUUGAACAGUGUUGAACAGCACAAAGCAGAAGCAGAAGAAGAAAGAUAAAGAUAGAGAGAGCAGCAGAAGCAGAAAGCGUAGAUAGCGACAAAAACAUGGGAAGAUCUUCGGUUUCUUCUCCCCCAUUUCCUCGAAUGAAAAUGCAAAUUGUAUAAAGCAAAGAUCCAAAAACAAAACGAAAAGAAAAUGAACAUGAAAUUGAAAAAACAUGUCUAUCUCCCUUUUUGACGUUAAUUUUUUUUUUUGUGCUAUCCAAGCAGUCAAAGGAGAAGACGAAACAUAACUUUAAAUGAAAAACAAAAAGAGAGGAUGAAAAAGAUUCCCCCCAAGUGGGGCGAACACUAGUUUAAGACUUAGCGAAAAAAACAAAAAGUAAAACUAAAAAAAAAAACCUAAAGAACAUAAGAAAAAUUGCAGUAAGCAGCAGAUUCAGUAGCUCUAGAGAUCUAAAAACAAUGGAGAAUAAGCGAAGCGACAGCGAAGGCAAACGAUGGAAGUGCGAGUGGAAGUACGAGUAGAUGUAGAAGUAGAAGUGAAAGUGAAAGUGAAGAAGAAUGGAUAAAGAGGAGGAAGAGAAAAGAAAAUCUUGUACUAGUUUUUAGCAUAUUUUUUGUGCUCAUCAGUCGAUUUAAUGAAUGAAUUUUUUGUAGCUGUCUACAGUUUUUUACGUUUAACUGUUUUUUAGACAUAUUACUAAAGGUAAAAACCAAGUUAGAUAUAGUAUUUUUUUUCUGCAAAAUGCAAGAGAAUAAAAGAAAACGGAUGGAGGAGAUAAACGGAUGAUUAGGAGGAAAGGAAACCAAGAGGCAAACACUUUAUAAAAGGGAACGUAGCGAAAACCAACCAACAGAACACACACAAAAAGUAGCAAAAAACAACAAAAAAAACAAAAACAUAAAACAAAAAACAUGGCAAAUAAAUUGGAAAUUGUAGCACUGUAGUUUAGCUUUUGUGAAAGAGGAAGGGAAGAGCGAAAAGAUAGAGAAGAAAGUGAAGGGAAGACCGAAAGGCAAAACGAUAGAACGGGAUAAUGUUGGAGUAAAGUUUUUUUUUUGAAGAGUUAGCCGGAGUUAGGAUCAACAGCCGAAAGAAGAGAAGCAGAGCAGAUAUAAUAAAAAAUAAGAUUAAUGUUUAAAGAAGAAAAAACAAAAAAAAAAAUAAGAAGCAGCAGUAAGAAAGAAGAACUACGUUUAGUGAAACUUAGUUGAUAAGCGAGGAUUUCUUUAGUCUUGUAAGCGUCUCUUAAGUAGAGUUUGGAGAAUGUAGAAUGUAGAAUGGAGAUUGGACAAUGGAGAAGCAAGUUUAGAAUUGAAAUUGAACACUUUUUCAGAGCCUAGCCUAUAUUUAUUUUCUUGACACAGACACACACUUAAAAACACACACAAACACAGACAUAGACGCAGACGCAGACAGACAGACAUCCAUUGUAUUUGUGAUUUUUUCGAAUUUUAAAAAAAGAGAAACAGGAACGAAGUAUGUGAGUAUGCGCGGAUCCAAAUGGAGUGAGAGGAAUAGACAGAUCUGGGACAGGAUUGCCAACUUGCAUUCGGACACACACACACACACAUACAUAGAGGACGCAUAGGGGACACCACUGACUGAUACACUCACAGAGAAAACAACAUUCCUGAGCAAAGUCUUUGAAUUGAUUUGAUUUGAUUUUCGUAUAUGAUGUGUAUGGGGACUGGGACUGCCAACACGAUAUCUCGGUUUAGAGCUGUCAGGUCGCAUCAGCCACAAGAUCAUCUGCAUAUAUAUCCACAUAUUAUAUAGACAUAACAUACAUACUAUAUACAAAAAGUAAGAAACACAACGCCAAAAGUCUUCCUAAGCCCAAAACCAAAACCUCAACAAAAUAUGCAAAUGUUAUUCUUGUUUUCUUCUUACUACUUACUCGUAUGAUUAUUUUGCUUUAGACUGACUACGAACUAAAAUUUAAAGAAAUUAAAAAUAAAAACAAAUGCAGGAUGGACACACACGGACACACACACACACACACAGACAUACAUAAAUAUGUAGCUCUUAAUGCAGGCAUCGGAAAAAGUUUCUAGAGGGAGAGGGAGAAAGCGAGGGAUCACGGGAAAUAUUUUGCCAAAACAUUCCAAAAGCAAAGCAAUGAAAAUGAGAAAAUUCUUGGGGGAGGAUGCCUGCAUUUCUUGUCAUCGGCAGAAGAAUCACAAAUACAAUAGCAAACGAAAUCGAACUAAAAUAUGUAUGUUUGUAACUUUUUUCAAUUUUCCACACACUCACACACACGCAUACUCGAACUCUCUCACACACACACACACAACACACACAAAGUGCAAUUUUUUUCUAUAGUUUUUAUUGAUUUUUUUUUUUUUUUUUGUUGUCGUUAGCAGCAAACAACUUAAGCAAAUUGAGAAAGCAUUAAACUCUAAGUUAUUUAUAAAUCGAUGAGGGAAAUGCGAUGAUCCCUGGGAAGGCAGAAAUGAAAUGUAUGUUUUAGGCAAAGAAGAGAGGAGAAAAGAAGAGAACGAGUCGAAGGAACGGAGGAGCGUAAACUAGUAUAUAAGAUCAAAGCAUUAGCGAGUAAGUUUAGCGAACCUAAGUACAGUGUUGACAGGCGCGAAUAAACGGAACACAGCGGAGCGAAGCGAUAAAGAAGAAGAGUGUCGACGAGGUAGGACAUAUAAUUUUUAGAGGGUAGUCAAAAAAGAGGAGUCGCGACAGGCGCCCCAUUAGCUUGGUUAGUUGGAGAGCGAUGACCGACAGACACAUCCA